AUGUUGAACCCACCUCAUGACCAACCUGCUUUUUGGUCUCGUACCAAAACAAACAAGACCAUUUCUUCUUCCAAUAUAUCUUUGAAAGGAAUGAUGAACCUCUUGUUCGUCAUCCAUGUGAUGGUCGUUGCAUGUAUUAUGGCCACCAUCAUCCCAUCCACACAUGCUUUGACUCUUGAAGACGACCGAUUUGCUUCUAGUCUAGCCUCCAUUCAGGCCAUUCACGAUCACUUCUUUCAAGGCUCUUCCAAAGGUAGUGCCUCUACAGCCAUCCUCUUCCGCAAUGAAACUUUGGGAGAGAUUUUUGCAGGACAAGCCUUUGAGAAUGUUCCAAACGUGAAACCCAACAGAGAUACCAAGUACAGAAUUGCAUCAGUCACUAAAACAUUUGUAUCGGCUGCCAUGAUGGCAUUGAGAGAUGAGGGUCGUUUGGAUUUGGAUCAAUCCGUUUUGGAUUUUGUGCCAGAGUUUAAAGCCUUUCCGAAUCCUUUUGGUUUUUCGUCGAAUCUAACGUUCCGACAAUUAAGUUCUUACAUGUCGGGAUUGCCUCGAGAAGCACCUUGUGUGUUGUUUGAUUGCGACUAUACGAAUGCUCAAAUGAUCGAUCGUAUCAAGAAGAAUGGCUUGUUUUUAGUGAGGGAUGGAGAUCAUUUUCCAAUCUAUUCCAAUUUAGGAUAUUCAUUAUUGGGUCAUGGUUUGGAAAGUGCAGCAGCCAUGCCGUUCGAACAAGUCAUUACAACUCGAAUUUUGGAUCGUCUCGGAAUGAAGAAUACUGGUUUUGUCACCAAAGAUAAUUUGAACACGUUACAACUUGCAACAGGCUAUCAUCACAACACUCCCAUCUAUAGCAAUAAUAGAACCAUUUCAUGGAAUCAACCAGCUGCAGGCAUGUACAGCUCCUUGGGAGAUUUGCAACUCUAUGUGAAAAUUUUGUUGGCAGCCUUUGUUCAGAGUGGUGUUGAUACAUUUCCAGCAACCACCAUCUUGAAAAAGCAAACCAUGAGAGAAUUUCUGAGUGCUCAACACAUUCUUCCACAUGGAACAGCUGCAGUUGGAUUGAGUUGGGAAAUGGUCUAUUACAACAUGUUCUCAAGUUGGGCCAUUAUGAAGAGUGGACUCAUUGGUGGUUACAAUGCUCAAAUUGUCCUGUUGCCAAAAUAUGAAAUGGCAGUGAUUACAUUACUCUCCAAGGAUGACGGCGCCCAAUCUUUGGCUCUGCAAUCAGCCUUGUCCAUUGUGGCAUCGGUCAAGGACUAUUUGGAUUCAUUGAGAAUGAAGGACUUGUCAGACAAGACAUCCUCUCUCGUUCCAAAUGUUGUGACAUUUGUUGGAAAUUACAUGAGUGAGAAACAAUCAUCAUGGUCAUCAUCCUCUUCUGUAUCGAUUGCCUUAUUUAAUGCCUCGACAACACAAGUAUUGAAAAUGAAAAAUGUUUUGGGAACAGAGUUGUCAUCGACAUUCCUAAUUCCCACACCAAGUAAUGGUGGAAGUACAAAUUCUUUUCUUGUACAGCCCUAUUCUGUCCCCACAAGAUUACAAUACGAAACAGGAAUUGGAGGCAGUAGAAUUGAAUUUUCACAAGAUUUCAAGAAUUUCACAGCACUCGACAUGGGUCUACAAUUCAUGAACAAGUCAUCUGGUUCCAACACGGCACGUCGACCUAAAUCUCUUAGAUCCACACAAGCUAUUCCCGUCGUGUGCAAUUUCAUUCCAAAAGAUGUUUCCCUAAAGACUCCAAUUGCUGAUUCAUCCAUUUUGAAUUUAUUCGAUCAGCUGAAACAAGAAAUUGCCUCUUUAAUGAAACAGCAAAACUCUUCAGCUUAUUUGAAAAUCAGUUACAGAGGACAGGCUGUGUAUGAUGCUGCUUUUGGUGAUUCCAACAUUUCACAAAAUUCCAUCUUUAGAAUUGGAAGCUUGACACAACUUUUACUGCUGCAGCCACUCUCAUUGCCAAAGAAAAAGGGAUUAUUAGUUCUUUGGAUGACCCUACAACUCAUGAUGCAUGCAUCAGGCUUACCAUCUGGAAUUCCAUGUGACUUGUUAAAUUGUAAUAUGAAUUGGAACAGUUACUUGCAGGAGGCUCUUUCAAAAUUUAGAAUGAUUCAGCCAUCCUAUAAUUCAAGAACUAUUUCUACAUUAGGGUAUACCAUUCUUGGAAAUGUCUUGUCUCAGUUAACGGGAACUUCACUUGAAAACUUUAUCAAGGUCAAUAUUUUGAAUCCUCUUGGAAUGUCCAAUACUGGCUUUACUUACACGACAAGUGUUAAAAAUCAACUUGUUUUAGGACGUGAUCUGAAAGGUCAAUUAUUGAGCAGUGAGGUUGACAAUUUGUACAUUCAAGAAGCUUCUGCCCAAAUGUACUCAACGACAAGUGACAUGUCCAUCUUUUUAAAUUGUCUCUCGAGUCUCAAUAGAGAAUGUCCAAUUUUAAAGAGGGAACGCUCUCGAACCUUACUCCUUCGUAAUUACCUCUCUGAUGAUCUUUCAAUGAGUACAGGCUUGGGCUCAUGGCAACACGAAUUUAAUGGUGGAUUCUGGAUUGCAUCCAAAUAUGGCACUAUUAAGGGAUACAAUUCCUAUGCUGGUGUGAAUGAUGAAAUUGAUUUAACCAUCACAUUACUCACAUCUACUGAGUAUCCAGUAGCCAACGAGUUGGUAAGAAACAAAACUCUUAUUCCACAAUUAGUCUCUGCUUUCACUUCUGCACUCAAACAACAACCUUCGUACUUGAUGGCCAAUCUUUCCAUUCCAAACUCUCGCGCCUUGAUUCAAGACAUGGUUGGUGUAUAUCAAGUUUUUGAUCAGUUCUUGUUGUUCACUCAAUAUCUUCAGAUAGAUUAUGACACAACUAAUGGAUUGUUGACAUUCGCAUUUGUUGAAAGCUCAACACCUUCUCCAUCGAGUAAUCCUCCCACUUUUGCUUUGCAAAUGAUUGAUCAAAGCAGCAUGACAUUCAAGGUGACAACAUUAGGAUCGUUAUCGUGUAUGGGUAAUGUUUUGACUGGCAUUGAAGGUGCUGUUGUGAAAUUUAAUAUUGCCAAUGGAAAAGUGGAGUCAUUUUCCAUGCCUUCUCUCAAUUUCGGUAGUGAUUUCAUCAAGAUCAAGGCGAAACCAUCUACAAGCAUUUCGGGUGCAUUUGUGCAGAGAGGAAUGAGUUUAAUGUCAUUACUUGUGUUGCUGUUUUGCUCCGUAUUUUUGUUGUAA